CAACAUUCGUUCGUUUAGUGUUAGUGGCAUUGUUGUCAGGCACAUUUCUUUUAUAUUGGAAUACGAAAGAAGAUAUGUCUUUUACAGCUGUACAAUUCAGUGUCGAUGAAGGCGGAACGAUAGCUGUGGUGCAUUCAUCAUGGCUUACGCCUCUUAAGCGGGAAGUAUUUUGGCCUCCAGUGAAGUCCGGUGCAACACUGAAACAACUGUUAUUAGCUGGAAAACAAGCUGACACAGAAAACUGGAAAUUAUACGGAAUUUCUAAGUGUUUUUUUAGUGGUGAUGAUUAUGACAAGGCUGAGAAAAAGUUAAAACUAUUGGAGGAGACCUCUGAUAUCUUCUCAGAAUCUGAAGAGGAAACAACUAGGAAACGGAAAAGAGUAGCUAAGCGGAUAAUUUACGAAUCGGAUGAGAGUGAUGAUACUUUACCGAGACCUCCAAAAGUAACUGUAAAAGCGAAAUCCAUAGCAAGUACUUCUGCAUUAGUGCAAGGAGGGUGUAGUUAUCCAAGUCCAAGGAAUUCAACACCGUAUCUGUCACAGAGUCCAUCGUCGCAUCAAGGGCAGUCAGAAAUAAUUACUUCAAAAGUAAACUACAAUUUUGGAUUUGCAUCAACUCCGGGUCCUCAAGUUGCAGAAUCAACUGAUAAUAGUGAAAUAUCUUGCUCACAUCAACAUAACGAACCUGCUUUUCAGAUUAAACUUCUUAAGCAGCUAAAAUUUUUGCAACAGCAGAAUUCACAAAUAUUGGCCCUUUUAUCAAAGCAGUCGCAAUCAUUAGCAAGCAAUUUAAAAAUAAGUACUCUACCUGAAAAUUUACCAUGCGAUUUUCCUGUCAAAGAACUGGAAAAACUACAGGACUUUGAGGAGUACUUAAAAGAUGCUCAGAACUAUGCGUACAUGGUUUCUUAUUUUUCAAAUAUUGGAGGUAAGAAUUUGUCGAGUCAGGUGAACAACAUAUUGCGGAGAUUAAUGUCCAAUGAACUGGCUUCAAAGUUUAGCUUUUAUGGAAAAAGAGGAGGCAAAAAAGCAUUUUCUUCAUUUAUGUCGAAGGAUCUUGUUGUUGGUAAUAAUUAAUUUUCAACCUAUUUUUCAUUUACAAUAAAAAUUGAAAAAAAGUUUUUUCAACAGUAAUGAGGCAGUGAAAACACGUUCAGAAGAUAAAGACAGUGAAUGCUUAUUGUCAUUGAAUGAGGUUAAUAAUAAUAUCUGUCAACCAAAAAUUACUUCUGAUGAUUUUAUAGACAGUGAUUCAUCAUCUAAUGAUUUAAACGGUUCUUUGUUAGAAGAAAGUGUUGAGGAUAAUGAAGAUAAUAUUUCUUCGAGCUUACGAGAAUGGGUUUUAUCAUAUAAUAUAUCUCGCAAUGCCGUAACCAAAUUAUUGCAUAUUCUCCAUCAAUACCAUCCAGAAUUACCAAAGGAUUACCGUACAUUUUUACAAACACCACUGACAAUUAAAACAAAAGCAUUAGAUAAUGGUGAUUAUGCUCAUUUUGGAUUUACAGAUGCUUUACAAAAUUUUUUGUCAGAUACUAGUUUUUGUGGUAAUGUAAUUUAUCUCAGUUUCAAUAUUGACGGAAUACCGCUUUUCAAAAGUUCACAGUUGAGUUUUUGGCCAAUUUUGCUAUGUAUCAAAAAUGUUAAGAGUACUCCCUAUGUAAUUGGAAUUUUUUGUGGAACUGGAAAGCCGUCCCCACUCUCCUUAUUUUUAGAUGAUUUCCUCAAUGAACUUAAACAUUUAACAGAACAUGGUUUCAUUUUUAAGAAUACCUCAUACAAAAUCGUUGUUCAAAAUUUUGUUUGCGACGCACCUGCAAAAUCAUAUUUAAAAUGUACAAAAGGACACAAUGGUUACUCUUGUUGUGACAAAUGCGAAGUGAGAGGAAAGCAUUUUCCUGGCAGGAUGGUACUGAAUGAUGAAUCAGCCUCUUUGCGAACAGAUAUUUCUUUUUUCCUGCAAUCAGAUGUGGAUCACCACACUGGUACUUCACCUUUAACAAAAUUAUCUAUUGGCCUGGUUACAUCAUUCCCAAUUGAUUAUAUGCACUGUGUUUGCCUUGGUGUUGUUCGAAAUUUAAUAUGUACAUGGACAGAGGGUCCUAGAUCCUUAAUAAAACUACAAAAUAAUGCUAUCAAUUUGAUGUCAGAACAUUUACUUUUGCUAAAAAAACACAUUCCUGUAGAAUUCAAUCGGAAACCUCGCUCUCUUUCCGAGCUCCCAAGAUGGAAAGCUACAGAAUUUCGUACUUUUGUACUAUACUUGGGGCCAAUUGUUUUGAGAAAUGUUGCGAAUAAGGCUAUUUAUGAAAACUUUCUGCUCUUGCAUUGUGCAAUAACAAUACUAAUUUCUAGUAGUCAUCUUGAAAAUUUAGGAAGCCAAAUGGCAGGUGAACUUUUGAAAGUCUUUAUCCAACAUUGUAGAAAAUUGUACGGUGAAGAAUUUAUAAUAUAUAAUGUUCACAUGCUUUUGCAUUUGAAAGAUGAUGUAGAUCUCUUUGGUCCUUUGGACAAUUUUUCAGCAUUCCCUUUCGAAAAUUUUCUAAACCGUUUAAAGAAAUUAGUAAAAUCACCUAAGCAACCGCUUCAACAAAUUGGUCGAAGAUUAAAAGAAAUAAAUUUUUUCAAUACGAAUUUUAAAUUCCAGUUAGAAGUUGAAUGCUCUAUAGAACACACAAAUGGACCAUUACCUAGGCAGGUA